AUGGCGGGUACUCUUUCCAUGCACGUUCCCGUGGUGGCGGCAGCCGUGCCGGCCGCCGGCCUGCCUCAGCCCGUCGCACACUCCCUAAGGCGCGCCGCACUCGUGCCGCUGCGCGUACGUCAAACCGUCACACUCGCCGCGCAGGCGAAGCGCGGUGCCGUGGUAGCGCCACGGAACGUGGCAAUGGCUGAUUCGCUGACGGCGGAGGAGGAGGGCGCGGCGCGGCAGUCGUACCCGGCGGGCGUGCAUCGGUACGAGGCGAUGGUGGUGCUGCGACCCGACCUCACAGAGGACGAACGCGUCGCGCUCACCGAGCGAUACGAAGAGUUUCUCGUGGCGGGCGGCGCACUGGACGUGGAGAUCUUCAACCGCGGCAUGCAGCCUUUGGCGUAUAGCAUAAAGACAAAGAACAUGGGUGGCGUGAUGAGCCGCUACCUGGACGGCAUCUUCUUCCUCUUCAUCUUUGCCGCGCGCUCCGAAGCGCAGGUGAAUCUGCAGCAGCGGCUCAACCGCGACGAUGACGUCAUCCGCUCCACCACCUUCCGCCUCAAGGCGUGA